AUGACGCUGUGGUUUGUGCUGCCCUGCAGGGAACAUAAACCGUCUGCCCCAGAGCCGGUGGAUGGCCAGUGGGCCCAGGAGCUGCUGAAGGAAAUUGUGGACAGCCCUGAGCUUGGCAAGCGUGGCGAGGCCUGGUUUGCUGCACAACUGGUGGCGUUCCUGCUGGUCGCUUUCCCACCGGAUGGGCUGCGUGCGCUGCUAGAUGCGGCAGGCUGGCUGACCAUUGCAGGCGGUUUGGGACUUGCGUAUGGGGGAAUAGGGCUCGCCUUCGUGGGGCUCUCGCUGGCGCUGGGCGACGAUCUGCGCCUGGUGUUUGCCAUCCUGACGCUUGCCUCAUACGAGGAAGAGCUGCUGGUGGAGAAGUGGGGGGCGCAGUAUGAGGAGUACAAGCGCAGCACGAAGAAGCUGAUCCCCUACAUCUGGUGA